GGGGGCGUGGAGAUGCGUGACGUCACGCGCUAGCGCCGCAACCACGUUCUUGUUGUUGAUGUAGCGCCGGCGAACGGAGAGAAGGAUGAAGCCGCCGUCACGGGUGCGUGCAGCCCCGCAGCGCUACAGCAUGGUGCCCCAGACGGGGGGCGGUGAUGGCGAGGAUGGCGAGGCAGAGACGGCGGAGACGUGGAGCCGCAGCGAGAAGCAGCAGCUGCUGCGGGCACUGGGCCGGCAGAGCGCCGGGCGGCCCCUCGACCAGCUGGCACUGGAGACAGCCGUGCCCACCCGCUGCCCACAGGAGGUGCUGGGCUACGUACAGAGCCUGUGUCAGCGUUCUGAACGCAGCGCCCUGCAGAAGGUCUACAACCAACGGCGGCGGGAACACCACCGCAGGCUGCGGCAGCCACACGUACCACUGCAGGUCCGUGAGUUGGGUCAUGAACUUGCACAACAAAGCUCCUCGGUCCAAAGCCUAACAGGUCGUGACUGGUUGCCGAACCAGCAGACCCUCCUGAUCGCAGCCACGGAGCCCGUGCGCGGGGACGGGGGUCACGGUGAGGGGGAGGGGAGGGGUCCCGGUGAGGAUGCGGCGCCCUCUGGGAGCGGUUCCGGUCCCGCCGCUGAGGGGGAGCCCCCGGGCAGCCAGCGCCAGCGCCAGGCACGGGACACGGACACGGACACGGAGUGCGCUGCUGUCUACAGCUUCCUGUCAGCCGCCGUGAGGGGAACACCUCUGCCUCCCCUCCCACCCCAGGCCUCAUCGCUGCUGCUGGAACUGCUCCACUCUCUCCCCCCCCUCUCUCAGGUUCUCUCCCUGAGGGGCCGCCCUCUCUCCUCCGCCCUCUCUCGGUCCCAGGGCCGGCUCCAGGGUCUCCACCGCUUUCCCCCCCCAGGGGCCCUCCCACCAGCCCCCCCGAACCCCCUCCCCCGGCCCCUCAACCCCUUCACCCUCCUCCCCCUGGGACUGCUGGUGGGUGGGGAAGGGACUCCCCCCGCUCCC